ACCAGACGGCCACUGCAGAUAUCAGGAAUAAUGAACAGCCGUGCGCUUUGCCUCUACAUCGCGCUCCUCUACCCAAUUCCCAAAACAUUGACGGAAUACUCAACCAAUACUGACUCGGAGUACGAGUUUGGGGAUUACCGGGGCAAGUGGUGUUUAGACGACCACGGAUUUGUGUAUAGCAUCGGGGAGGUGUACUAUCCCAGUCCAUCUGCUUGUCCGUGCACCUGCACUGAAGACGGACCCGUGUGCAUACGACCCAAGUGUCCUCGCAUUCAUCCUCGAUGUACGCGGAUUAAAUACAAGUCCUGCUGUCCAGUGUGUGAGGCAGUUAGCAAAGUGUGUGUAUAUGGUGGCAAAAUGUACAGAAUAUUCGAGGAAUUCAGGUUGUCACGCUGUGAGAGAUGUCGUUGCGAGUCCAACAGGGAGGUGUCCUGUUCCAUCUCUGACUGUCCUGCACCACACUGUGUCAACCCUACAUAUGAGCCCAACCACUGCUGUCCUGUCUGCUACACUGGGCCCAAUUGUUUUGUGGGCGAUAGAGUGAUCUCGGCAGGGGAGCGGGUGCAGAUAGACAAGCAGACUGUGUGUUACUGCACCUACCGGGACGGCACCUGGCAGAUGCACCCCCAUGCCACCUGCGAGCAGCGCCCGCUGCCGGACCCCGAUCUCAACCCCAGCCCCUCUGAGCCCCCCGAGGAAGACAAGACCAAGCAGAUGGACAGGGACUUCCGCCCCAGGCUGGACUGGAUCCCGUGA